AUGCCAAAGGAACAAAAAAAGAAAGACAAAAACGACAAGAGGCCAAGUGAAGAAGAAACGGAGGGGAAUUCCCUAUCCCUUGCUGAACAUGAUUACUGCGGGUCAGAUAUGGAGACGGAGAAUGGCAGCGGAGGAAAGAGGAGUUUUGAGGAUGCGUCUGAUUCUCCACCUCUAACUCCUUCGAAAGCAAGUCUGGCAAAGUCUCUAGAAUUUCAAUCUGGGGAAGAAUGCAAAGCAAAGGUAGCCAGCUUGGAGAAUGAGGCCCUUCUCCUGUGUAAAGAAAUUGAUAUGCUUAAAGAGAAAGCGAGAGAGAAGGAUCGUUACUCCCGGAGAUGGAAUUUAAGGAUUAAAGGAUUGAAGGAGUUAUGUGAUUGUUGUUUGUGGCACAGGUUUGCUCUGGCGCGGCCGGACAUCUGUGGGAGAUGGCUGGCUGCUAUUAAGAGAAGAAACUUCAAACCCACCAAGUACAGCAACAUCUGCUCUCAGCACUUCACCAGAGACUGCUUCAAGCAUGAGUGCAACAACCAUGUGCUGAAGGACAACGCUGUGUCCUCGCUCUAUACCUCCAGCAGACUACAGACGGAGGUGACUCCACGCCUAACCACGCAGCAUCUCCUGAGGAAACCUUCAGCCCAGACUCCUCUGAGUCUCCCAAUGUCUGAUGCUGAAGAGACUCCGGCGGAGCAUCCGUCUGAAGCCCAGCCCGGCCCUGACCACUCCAGCACUUUUGUCUCCUGCGACCACAACUACACGGUGGAGAACACUGUGCAGCAGAAGAGAAGCAUCGAGAAGCUGCAGGAACAGCUGAAGAAGCUGCGCAAGAGACUGAAGACGGUGCAGCAGAAGUGCAGGAGGCAGGAGAGACAGCUAAAGCGCUUCAGAGCCAUGAGACAGGUCCAGAAGCCCAGCAAAGACACGCCACUGGGAGAUGGCUACGUCAUCCUGCCCAAAGAGAUCUAUGACGUCCUGAGAGGAAUAGAGACCGUCGGAGCGCUGUGAGGGACGGACGUCGAGCGAGAGAGAGUCACGGUUCUAAAGGGGUUUGACUUCUUCUGUCUGUCAUGAUCUGUGUUCUGUGUGUGUGAACGUGUUCUCUGUGACUGAAGGAGGUUCUGAUCACGGAUCUUUGUGGAACUGAAUGUUCUUUCAGGAGAAGAUCGUCCACUUCAGAGCAGAACUAACUCCACAUGCAGUAACUGCGUGAGAGGAUUCAGGUGUAGAAUACAGAGAAACUGAACUCUUUAGCUCUUGUGAAGAUGGUUUGAUGCCAUGAGACUCGACCGACGCCAUGACAAACGCUUCAGUUGAUCAGGUUCUCAUCAUCUACAGAUCUGUUGACAUGUUUGUUCUGUUAUUAAAUGUUUUUUCUCAUUUAAACCUCUAGAGUUUAUACUGACUAGUUUGUUUUGAUUUGAUUAAUGUUGUAAGAUGACCAAACUGGACUUCACUAAACACAUCUUCAGCAGCCAUAGAGUCUCAUAUCAAAGGGCUUUCAGCUGUUCGUUGUUGCUUUUUCACCUUUGCUUGUUCAUUUAUUAUUUACAAAAAACUUUAAUAAUUGUGGAAUCAAUUUAAGCCAUAUAUGGGUAAAAGUAUAUUUUUGCUGGGAAAACUCGUUGCCUUACAGUCACAGCGCAGUUGUUCAUGUGUUUGACUUUCAAUACAAGGCUCUCGUUCUUGACCUGAGUUUGUGCUCGA